UACCUAUCUUACAUUAUUACUUACAGGUGAAAACAUUGAAAAAUACCUCCUCUACUGUUUAACUUCUUUACAUUAAUAUUUACACCCUUCCAUUCCCUACCUGAUAAAAGGAGAGGUCUCUUGGACACAAGAAGAGAAAUAAUCAUUUAGGUUUGGUUGGUUUUCUUUUCUUUUGUUUUUCUAUUCUAUUAUCUUGGAAUAUAUAUUAUUAAGGGCGAGGAGGGAAAAAAAGAAAAGAAGGAAUUUCGUUUGAAUGUUAUGGAUUCAGAAUGCAGUAGCGGCUGUGAGUCUGGAUGGACUCUAUACUUAGAACAAUCUUUUCUUUCAAAUAAAAAGGGAAGUGGGUUUCUCAGGAAAAGUAGUAAUUUUGGCUAUACACUUAGAGACAAAGCUGGAAUCGAACAAGUGAAUGAAGAAAUAGAUGAAGAAGAAGAAGACCUUUCUAUGGUUUCCGAUGCUUCUUCUGGGCCUCCUCACUAUUUCCAUCAUCACGGUCAAGAUCAACAAGUAGACUACUCCAAUACUAAUGAAGAUAAACUAUGCUUUUUCAACACUAGUAAGGACAAUGUUAAUAAGUUUAUGUCGAAGACUAGUACUAGUACUAGUAAUCGUAAAAGGGGUACUCACAAAAUCGAAGGACGACGAUUGAGGGAAUCAAUAUCAUGUGGUGGAGAUACUUUCUUAGAUGACACUGCUAGCUCUCCUCUCUUCAACUUCUCCAAUAUCGAGGACUUACCUCGGCAGACCAAUAAUCAAACUGGCUCAACGGAGAGUGUCUUGGAUUAUUCACAAGGGUUCUCAGCUACUCAUUUUGAGGAAAGGCCUGCAUUCCAAGAUUCCUUUGGAUUCUUACAACAGUCUUCUUUAUCUGGAAACCAACAUCACGAAAUGAGUGGUCGUUUGAAGGGAAGGAGGUGGAAAUAAUUAGAUUGGAGAUGAUAAUACAACUUUUUUUUUCUUUCUUUCAUAUGGCUUUUUCCUGCAACAGGAGCUACUGAGUUGCUAUCUACUAAUGGUUCAAACUACACAUUUUAUUAGGUUGCCAAAUUAGAAUAUUAAAUUGGAUGUCAAUAUAUAAGUGAUAUCCUUUUUUUUUUUAAUUUGAAUUAAUUUUUAUUUAUUUAUUUUAUUUUGCCUGUUGUCAAUGAAGUGGGAAACAACCUGAGUGAAAUAAGUUUGGGAAUUAAUAUCAUUGUUUCCAGAAUUUAAUUUCAUUGUCAAUGAAUA